CGCAAGGGGUGGCGACGUGGAAAACAUGGAGGAAAGGAGUAUGUAGAGUAAACUUAAUUGUCUCAAAUUACCUGCAGUUUAAAGUAUUUGCUUACGGAAAUUACACUCGAUUUAAAAAAAUUGGACAAAACUGUCCAUCGCUGUAAAAAACGGUCACAUUUUAACGAUCCUGGGAGCCGACUGAGCCGCGGAAACUGCGAGAAGCAUUUAUGACAGGAUUUGGCAUAUGCCUGGUGAAAAAGCAGUGAAGAGUGGUGAGUCUGGCUGAUUGGAGCCAGUAGAGAGAGAGAGAGAGAGAUGGGAGCCAACACCAGCCAGGUGAGCGACCUCUCCGACAACCCCAGCCUCAAGGCCCUGGUCGGCACCGAGUCCAUAUCGGAGAAUGAUCCUUUCUGGAACCAGCUCAUCUCCUUUACCUUCAUCAGUCCCACCAGCAGUGGAGACUCCAAGUUACUGGAAGAGGCUGUCAUCCCCCUCGCCAAGAUCCUCAUUGAAAACAAUCCCAGAACGGGGAACUUUGGCGCUCUUGUGAGAAUUUUCCUGGGAAGAACCAAAGAGCUGAAAAUAUCGACAGAAUGCCAAGAUCAGCUGUUUAUCUGGCAGGCCCACAAUGCACUGUUUAUGAUUCGCUGCCUGCUCAAGGUGUUCAUCAGGGAGAUGAGUGAAGAAGAGCUGCACCUACAAUUCUCCUACCAGGAGAGGGCACCAGGCUCCUGUGGAGAAACAGGCAGCGAGGACCUCCUGGAGGAGCUGUUGUCUAACCUCAUUCACCUGAUCGUCGAAGUGCCCCUGCUUGACAUCACCUAUAGCAUCCUGUUUGAAGCGGUGACCACGCUGCUGGUAUUCUUCUCCUAUCAGCUCUUCCACAAAGACAUCCUCCGAGAUGGAUUAAUCUACCAGCACAUCAUGAAGGGACGAUGUUUGUCUUUAACCAGUCGACUGGUGAAGACCCUACUCUAUAACUUCAUCAGGCAGGAGAAAUGUCCACCUCCAGCAACCCACAUCUUUGAGCCAAAAGCCGAGGGAGGCCUGCUCUACGGCCUGGCGUCAGGGGUGGCAAGUGGGCUGUGGAGCGUCUUUACGUUGGGUGGAGCUGGCAGCAAAGCCGGCAUCGACCAGGAACACAACCCCUUACCUUUGUCCAAUCAGAGCCUGCUGUUACUGCUGGUCCUAGCCAAUCUGACGGACGGGCCUGACUGGCCCAACCCCUACCGCCAGGCUAUCACUUGUUUCAGAAACACACAAGACACGUCGUCGCUGUCUGUGGAGCAUCCUCACACUUUCCAGAUCAAUUUCAACAGUCUGUACACAGCGCUGUGUGAGCAGCAGCGCUCUGACCAGGCCACUCUUCUACUGUACACCCUCCUUCACCAGAACGCCAACAUGAGGACAUACAUGCUGUCCAGAACUGACAUGGACAAUCUGGUGUUGCCCAUCCUUGAGAUCCUUUACCACGUGGAGGACAGGAAUUCUCAUCAUGUCUACAUGGCCCUCAUUAUCCUCCUCAUCCUUACAGAGGACGAUGCCUUCAAUCGCUCCAUCCACGAGGUGGUAUUGAAGAACAUCUCAUGGUACACGGAGAGAACAUUGACAGAGAUCUCACUUGGCAGUUUGCUUAUCUUGGUGGUCAUCCGCACCAUCCAAUUCAACAUGACCCGGACAAGAGAUAAGUACCUCCACACCAACUGUCUUGCUGCACUCGCCAACAUGUCAGCCCAGUUCCGUUGUCUGCACCAGUACGCUGCCCAGCGCAUCAUCAGUUUGUUUGCUUUGCUUUCCAAAAAGCACAACAAGGUUUUGGAGCAGGCAACACAGAGUCUGAGAGGCAGACAGGGAGACAACACAGCCUUGCCCGACUAUGCCCAGGACCUGAAUGUGAUUGAGGAGGUGAUCCGCAUGAUGCUGGAAAUCAUCAACUCUUGCUUGUGCAACUCUCUACACCACAACCCCAACCUGGUGUACGCACUGCUCUACAAGAGGGAGCUCUUUGAGCAGUUCAGGACGCACCCAUCCUUCCAGGACAUCAUGCAGAACUUGGACACGGUGAUUGGCUUCUUCAGUCAGCGUCUGGAGCAGGCUGGAAGUGACCUGUCAGUUGAGAGAGUUCAGGAAGUUAUCAUGAAAGGAGCCCAGGCUCUGCCCACAGACAGACUGAAGAAGUUUCCGGAGCUCAAGUUCAAGUACGUGGAGGAAGACCAGCCGGAGGAUUUCUUCAUCCCCUACGUCUGGUCCCUGGUAUUCAACUCUGGAGUCGGCCUCCACUGGAGCCCGCACGGCAUCGAGCUGUUCAGCAUGGACUCUGGCUGAAACACCUGCUGCAGCAGACGUGCGUGUCUUCAUCCCCGUUCAGUAUAGAAAAAAAACGACUGACGGCAUGUGUGUGCGUGUGUGUGUGGGUGGGUGUGUGUGUGUGCGCAUUGCCCUUUAUAGUAUGUGCACGCUGCUUUGAAAGUGCCUCGACCUUGUACAGACUGGUGUAUCUUUUUAUGCAGCACAACCUCUCUUUUUUUCUCCAUAUCAUAAUAAAUCCUCUGCUUCCAGACUGUGAAGCUUCAUCUGUACUGGUUAACAGUUCACACAGUAGCGCCCACUUCAUGUACAGUCAGUCCUGUAGAGAUUUCACACCUGAGCAGCUUCACCUGCUUCCACAGCACAUGUCGAGUUACACCUCUUCUGUUAUCGUGGGGAGCUCAGGACACUGGCGAUGGAUAAUCCUAAAUUUCUUUUUUUUCUUGCUUACGAAGAAAAGGUCAAUUUAAACACCUGAGCGUUACACUGCUCUGGUUCAUUAACUGCUGCACUGAAUGCUUAGAAAUAACUUCAUAUUCAACACUUGGAAGACAUACAUUAACAGAAAACUUAUAUAAUUUUGAGUUUUAAGUAUCUUAUAAAUUAGCGUUUUACUUUGACCAACAUUGUUUUCUGGAAACAAUGGGUUUGUAUAAAAGAUUUGUGUUUGUGAAUUUAAAAAAAAAAAGGUCAGAGAAAGAGAAAAAGUGAUCACCAAAAGAUAUUCCUCUUUUUAUGUAACAUACAU